AAGACCUAUAAGAGGAUAUCAGAGUCAGAGAUGCAUCAGUCUGUAAGGAGGGUUUUAUGAUUCUAUAAACCCCAAUCCAAAUCUUCGCGACCAGAAGUAGAUUCUUCUGCUGAACCUGUUUCUAGAUUGAACCAAAGCGAUAAGGCUUUGAGUCUCAAAAAUGGAGCCAAAGCUCCUGCUUUCUGCACAUAAACCCUUGUUUGUCUCUUGCAACUCUCCAUUCAAUGAAAAACCUUAUCUUUCUGUCAAAUCCCGUUUGCCCAUGUCCACAAUUCGAGCUGCGAAGUCUCAGUUUAUGGGGGAAGGUUUGAUUUUGGGGAACAAAUAUGGGUUUUGGAGCGCUUCGAGGAAGACCCGUGUCGUUGUUGAACCUGUGAGAGCUGCUGUAAAGAGAAGGAAAGAGCUUACUUUUGAUAACGUUGUUCAAAGGGACAAGAAACUUAAAUUAGUGUUGAACAUUAGAAAGAUUCUUGUGAGUCAACCUGAUAGGAUGAUGUCUCUUAGAGGUUUGGGUAAGUACAGGAGAGAUUUGGGUUUGAAGAAGCGUCGUCGGUUUAUAGCUCUGCUUAGGAAAUAUCCUGGUGUGUUUGAGAUAGUUGAAGAAGGAGCAUAUUCAUUGAGGUUCAAGAUGACAUCAGAGGCUGAAAGGCUCUAUCUUGAGGAAAUGAGGAUUAGGAAUGAGCUUGAAGAUGUACUAGUUGUUAAGUUGAGGAAAUUGGUGAUGAUGUCAAUUGAUAAGCGGAUAUUAUUGGAGAAACUUUCUCAUUUGAGGACUGAUUUAGGGCUUCCUUUAGAAUUCCGCGAUACAAUUUGCCAGCGUUACCCACAAUAUUUCCGUGUGGUUCCUACUCCUAGAGGUCCGGCUUUAGAGUUGACUCACUGGGAUCCUGAGCUUGCAGUGUCAGCUGCUGAGUUAUCCGAGGAGGAUAAUAGGACUAGAGAAUCAGAAGAGAGAAAUUUGAUUAUUGAUAGACCUCCUAAGUUCAAUAGGGUUAAGCUACCAAGGGGUCUCAAUCUUUCAAAGAGUGAGACGAGGAAGAUAAGUCAGUUCCGUGACAUGCCGUAUAUAUCUCCUUACAAGGAUUUCUCCCACUUGAGGUCGGGAACACUCGAGAAAGAAAAGCAUGCUUGUGGGGUUAUACAUGAGCUUUUAAGCUUAACGACUGAGAAAAGAACUUUGGUGGAUCACUUGACUCAUUUCCGUGAGGAAUUCAGAUUCUCGCAACAGCUAAGAGGAAUGCUUAUAAGGCAUCCUGAUCUUUUCUACGUAUCUUUAAAGGGGGAAAGAGAUUCAGUUUUCUUAAGAGAUGCUUACAGGAACUCUGAAUUAAUCGAUAAAGAUCCUUUAACUCUUGUGAAAGAAAAAAUGCGUGCACUUGUCUCUGUACCAAGAUUCCCAAGAAGAGGAGGACCCAGGAAAGACGAAGAAGGAAGAGACGAACAGAUAGAUGGAAGCGAUGCAGAGGGUGAGGACGAAGAAGAAAGUGAUGCUGAAGAAUGGUCUGAUGUUGAUAAUUACUUAGAAGGUGCGGAUGGUGGCAAUGAUGAUGAUGGUGAUUGGACUGAUGACGAAGGAGAAGAAGAUGUGCCUCCUAACUUUGAUGAUGAUGAUGAAGAUGAAGAAGAUAGCGUGAAGAUUGGAUUGAGUCCUUCAAGUAGAAAACAAAGUAGUCCUAGAAAGAAGGAAGAGAAAGUACUUACUCCUGUGUUCCCUGAUGGUACUCCAAGAGAAAAGUGGUAGAGAUCAUUACAGAUUAGUUCCAUGGAAAAUGUUUUUUACUUAUCUUGUAUCAUUCUUGAUGAUGGACACUAAUAGCUCAAGUUUAUGUAUGUUGUUGCUUUUGUUGUAAGAAUACUUGAGAAUGAUGUUAAUCUUUCUCAACUUUUUGUAGCG